AUGAUAAAAACCAACAAAGCCCUGCAGAACACUUGCCAGGAGCUGCAUGUUGGCAAGGAGUCACUAGCCGACACAGAGUGGCUUGGAAAAGAACUGAGACCCAAGCCUGCCAUGAUUCAAAAGUGUGUAUGUCUGGUGUUCCUGGUGGUUCUGUUCAUUACCACCAUCCUAUCUCUGGACUGUAACUUACUGAAUGUUCACCUGAGGAGAGUCACCUGGCAAAAUCUGAGACUUCUGAGCAGUAUGAGCAAUUCAUUUCCUGUAGAAUGUCUAAGAGAAAACAAAGCUUUUGAGUUGCCCCAAGAAAUUCUAUCAUCCACGCAGCCAGUGAAAAGGGACAUAAAGGAAGUCUUCUAUGAAAUAUCCAUGCAAGCCUUCAACAUCUUCAGUCAAGACACCUUCAAAUCCACUUGGGAACAGAAACACCUGAAGCAAAUCCAAAUGGGACUUCAUCAGCAAGUAGAGUACCUGGAACAAUGCUUGGAGGAAGAAGAGAAUGAAAACGACUGGGAAAAAAUGGAAGAGGAUGAGAUGGAGCACUCGGGAGCUGCGGUCCCCCAGCUGGGAAACCUAGAAUUAAAGAGAUAUUUCAACAGGAUAAAGAAUUUCCUGAAAGAUAAGAAAUACAGCCGCUGUGCCUGGGAGAUCAUCCGAAUGGAAAUCAGGAGAUGCUUCCACUACUUUCAGAAAUUCACAGAACUACUCGGGAAAAAAUAA